AUGGAAAACAUACCAGUUAUGUUGGACGAACAGAAGCGACGACGGCAAUGUUGUUUGUCCGAGGAACGUGAUGUUAGUAUCGGCCCUGAUUGGGUUAGGCAGUUUUUGGAUAUGUCGGAUGAAGAAUUAACCGAGGUUGUUUCGUCAGGUGAAGUGAAUAAACCUAAUGUAGACGUUGAAGAAGAUGAUGAUGACUGUGUGAUUCUUGAUGGUGACCCGGAAAAGCAAGUUACGCAUGUGAAUGAUUCUCCAAAUGGUUCUGAUGAGUUACUUGUAGUUGGGGAAAAGGGUCAGAUUGCAUGCAGAGACUAUCCUCAUCCGCGGCAUCUUUGUGCUACUUUUCCUUAUUCUUCAACCCCUCAUGAGAGAUACUGUGCCCAGUGCCACUGUUAUGUGUGUGACUCUCCAGCACCGUGUCUGAAAUGGGGCAAUGGUCUUUUAACUACGGAUCAUUGUCAUGCAACUGAUAGAUCUGAGACAUGGAAAACUCUGAGAAAAGAUUCCAAGCGGGUUAAGAAUGUCCCAUUGCCAGCUUCAACCAACAAUGGUACUUUAGGUAAUGUUGUGAAUUCUCAACAUAACCGUAUUUUGCCGUUUAAUAACGCGCCUCUGUCUUCAAAUUCCAUGUUGAUGAAUCAGACAUCAAGGACAAAGGUGUUGUGUAUGCGCGGCUUAGUAAAUCUUACUCCUCAAAAUCAGGCGACUCAUCUGUCUUCAAAUUCCAUGUUAACAAGUCUGACGUCAAGGUCAAUGGCAUUGCGUGCGUGCCCAGUAAAUCUCACUCCUCAAAAUCAGGCUGCUUGUCCGAUAACCAUGAAUGCAUGCUCUUCACAAAGGUCUAUAUUACAGCAGAAUCACGCCUUGUGGUCAACUGAAAUGCAUCCAUUCUCGGGAAAUUUCGUACCUCAAAAUCAGGCCUCUCAGCCAAUUAGAAUGAAUGCAAUCAAUGCAUUGUCCUCACUAAGUUCUAGAUUACAUAAUCAAGGUUCAAAUUCAAUCUAUUCACGUCCACUCUCAGACAAUUUCGUACAUCAGAAUCAGGCCUCUCAGCGGAUUACGGUGAAGGAAAUUUCCUCGCUAAAUUCUAGAUUACAGAAUCAGAUAUCCAGGUCAAAUAAUGUCCUUGGAUGCUCUACAGAUUCCAACUUAACAAUCCCAAAUGGCACAAACAACAGUAGAUAUCAAGAACCCGGAUCUACAUUGGUGAGAAACAGGUAUCCUUCGCACACUGCUCCAAGAAUGUCUCUAGGUGUACAAAGUCACCUCAUCCAAAAGAAGCCAGGGCACAGAGUCAACAGGAUAGACAGCAUUGGCAUUGGGAACACUGCCGCAACGAACUGUGUUACACCUCUCAGUGCAUCUAGUUUCAUCAACCAUGUCAAUCCACCACAUGGUGAUAGAAAUCAUGCUGCUGCAACAGAAUUUUCAAAUAGCAGAAACUGUUACGCACACAAUAAUGAUGUUUUGAUUGCCCAAACAAUUAAUUUAUUGCUUGCACAACCAAACCAUAGUCCAGCAUAUGAAACUCAACCAUGUUACCAGUCAAAUAAUAACCUGAGUCCUUACGGAUAUUGUGAUAUUCAGGCUAACGAUUCUCUUUCGAGUUACCUGGCUCGCCUGAACAAAAAUGAGCAUGAAAUUGGAAAUCAAAAUGAAAAUAUCAUCAACAGUGGAGCUAGAGUGCAAAAUGUUUUCCAACAGAAACCUGAUGGUGGGAUUGAAAAUGAAGGUUUCAUAGCUAAAGAGUCCAAUACUAAUGAAAAUAUUUCUUAUGUUGAAAACUUAGUAUCUAAUGCUAACGAGUGUAGUACUCCAUUUUCUGGAAAUACUCACCUGUCAUUGGAUGAGAUCAAGCACUGGCUUCUUGAUUCCAAUUAA